AUGGAGUGUCAGAGUAGUAGCAAGGCCCGAUCCGCGGGCAACUCUGGUGGUUCUUCCGGGGGUGGUGGUGGUAGGUCGGCAUUCAUGGGAGGGUCAUUAAGACCAUCUCAAUCAUUCUCUCAGUCUUCGAUGAGUGCACAGUCAUUUGUACCCAGUCAGGGCAACAGGGGACCCCACCAGCAAGGUCGGCCCGACAGAAGUUUUCAGCAGCGUGGGCUCCCAUGCCCUAAGUAUGGGAGGAUGCACUUGAGGGCUUGCUUCAUGGACCUACCUAUAUGCUAUAUGUGCGGUGUGAGGGGUCACAUUCAGAGGGAUUGCCGCUCGGCCUGCCGAAACAUGGGCAGAG